AGAUGCUGCAAGACUGUCCAAAAGCUCGAAGGGAAGUUGAACUCCACUGGAGAGCAUCUCAGUGCCCCCAUAUUGUGAAGAUCAUGGAUGUCUAUGAAAACCUUUAUCAGGGUCGAAAAUGUCUCCUGAUAGUGAUGGAAUGUUUGGAUGGUGGGGAACUCUUCAGUCGAAUUCAAGAUAGAGGAGACCAAGCUUUCACAGAAAGAGAGGCUUCUGAAAUAAUGAAAAGUAUUGGAGAAGCCAUCCAGUAUUUACACUCUAUCAACAUUGCACACCGGGAUGUUAAGCCAGAAAACCUUCUAUAUACCUCAAAAAGGCCUAAUGCUGUAUUAAAACUUACAGACUUUGGCUUUGCUAAAGAAACCACCACACAUAACUCCCUAGCUACACCAUGCUACACACCAUACUAUGUGGCUCCAGAAGUACUAGGCCCAGAGAAAUAUGACAAAUCCUGUGAUAUGUGGUCCCUUGGUGUCAUCAUGUAUAUUUUACUGUGUGGCUACCCCCCUUUCUAUUCCAAUCAUGGUCUGGCCAUUUCUCCAGGGAUGAAGAAAAGGAUCAGGAUGGGUCAAUAUGAAUUUCCAAACCCAGAAUGGUCUGAAGUAUCAGAAGAAGUCAAACAGUUGAUUCGAAAUUUGCUGAAAACAGAUCCUACCCAGCGGAUGACUAUAACAGAGUUCAUGAAUCAUCCAUGGAUCAUGCAAUCAAUGCAAGUGCCGCAGACACCUCUGCAUACUAGUAGAGUUUUGAAAGAAGAGAAGGACCUUUGGGAGGAUGUCAAGGAGGAGAUGACAAGUGCCUUGGCCACUAUGAGGGUGGAUUAUGAACAGAUUAAAAUAAAGAAAAUUGAAGACUCCUCUAACCCAUUGCUCAUGAAGAGGCGGAAGAAAGCAAAUCCUUCUGAACCUGCAGUGCUCCCUCACUGAGAAUUCAGUAGAGCCAGGCCUGAUGGUUGUGAAAGCAAUAACAAUAUCUAUAUAUUUUUAAAACAAAUUGGAAACAAGACUGUCCUAUCAAACACAUGGAAUUCAGCUCUUUAUAUCAGACUAGUUAUUUGUUCUAGCUGCCCUUCAUGUUUCUGACCUUUCUAGGAUGAGGCAGGAAACAGCUGCUGUACAAUACAUCCUUUUAUUAUUUUAAUUUUUUUUUUCUUAUGGUCCAGUAGGAAAAAGAUUCUGAUAAUUGGAUUUUUAUUGGUAAAAUCUCCCUUGGUAUUCCCCUGCCCCCCAGAAACACUGAAAUUCCUGUGAUUACCUUUUAAGGGUUAAUAAUAAUAAUAUAUAUAUAUAUAUCUAUAUUUUUAAAAUUACUGUAGAGUUGAAAAUCCCAACAGAGUCCUGUGCAAGGUAUCAUGCUGUUUGUUUUGUUUUGUUUUUUGUUUUGUUUUGUUUUGUUUUGUUUAGAGAUAAAGGCUUUUGGUUUGUUUCAAAAGAGAUUCUGGGCUAUUGAAGAAAUGCCAUCUGAAACAAAGGCAUUGUGAUUUUUUAUUUUCAUUUAACACCAAGAACUGUUUUGUUGUUUUUGCACCUUGGAAAGACCUCAGUUUGUAAUCUUAAAAGUUAUUGAUCAAAUGUCCCAAGUAUAAGAUAUCAUCUUAAACUGGAAGCCUUCUCUCUUUCUCUCACUCACUGGUAUGCACAGGAUUAUUUCCCCUUUGCUUGUGAUUUAGUAGAUCAUAUAUAAUGCUGUAGUAGGAUGUUUAGUAUAAGGAGGAAGGUCCCCACUUUUUGUAGUUUAACUUGAAUUUCUGAGGGAUAAUGGUGGGAUCCAUGAUACACUCAGAAGUCAGUUAUGAUCUCAGGGUAUUUAGGUGGUAUGACAGAAAGAAGGUGUUUGCUGGUUGACUGAAAACUGAUCUCUUUCAUUAGCUGAUCCUGGAGCAGUAUACCAAAAUAUGUCCUGUUGCCCAGUUUCCACCAUCAUCUCAUUCAGUGUUAAACUGAAUCCAGUUUAAAAGAUCUCAUGCUGUUGCAUCUUGUAGCUGCUCAUAGUGGUCCUUUUUUCUUUAAAAAAAAAAAAAAUUACCAGGAACCCACAACUCUUUAGGCUUACUGCUUAAAUUUGAGAUACGCAUCCCAUGGAAGUGUAGCUUCAAAUUCAUGUAGGGGGGAGCCUGCCCCUGCCAUAACGAUGUAAAAAAUAAAAGUGUGAGGAGAAAUACCAUAAAAAUUAGCUUUUUGUUGGAUGAAUACCUUAGCUUUUGUAGGUAGUAGUUGACCACAUGGCACAAAUAUGUGAUGAUGAUGUGAGUUCUGCUUAGAAAGCCAAAGAUCCACAAUUUUAUUUUGAAGAAGAUGGGGUGGAUCUACAUGGUUUGCAGACUUCAGCUGGGAUUAUCUUUUUGUCUUGGGCACAUUUGUUUAAAAUUGAGAGUUCUUCUGAUUCUUGCUCUGUCUCAUGGAGGGAAAAACUUUGUAUACAAGUUGCCUCAUUUUCCUGAUGGUCAAUUUUUCUGGUUUUCUCAGUAUAUCCUACCAUGAAUGGAUAUCUUUUGCCCUGUUUGUUUUAUUGGUAUUUUAAUUUAAACAUAAACACACACACACAAACACAGAGACAUUUGCUUUCCUUUCCAUUUGAAAAGAAAACUUUAGUUUUUAGUGACAUUUUAGAAACUGUAAGGAAUUUAAUUUGUAAAAAAACGUUCAAUUUGUUUUGGUGUCUUAUUGCUAACAAGAGGAUUUGGUCUGCUUUCCUGCUUUCCCUCAUUUUGGAUUAAAGACACCUAAUACAUCA